UGGCAUCUUUGUAACCACUCUCUCCUGCCUUCUUCCUUCUUCACCUAUCCAUUGGUGCCAUUUAUGAAAGGGUACCUCUGCAAUUCUACAGACUGCACGGCAUUGAAAUACAAAAAGCCUGUGUAAGUGGAUUGAAGAACUCAUCCAUCUUACAAAUUAUGAAUUUAAUGGUUGGAAAGGUGACGAUAAUGGAUCCUCCAAGAUUGCUUCUCUUCCUUUAUCCCUUCCUCAUACUUCACCUUCUUGGUGUAACAGUCCUUGCUCAGACAGACUUCCUUUACCACGUCUGCUCAGACAGUGUUGGUAAUUACACCGAUAACAGCACCUACGAGGCAAACCUCAACGCCCUCCUCUCCUCUCUCUCUUCAAACAACGAAAUAGAUUAUGGCUUUUACAAUUUCUCCUACGGCCAGAACUCCGACAAAGUUAACGCAAUCGCACUUUGCAGAGGAGACGUAGUAACAGACGCGUGCCGGAGUUGUGUCAAUGACUCUAGGAUUCAACUCACUCAGCUCUGUCCCAACCAGAAGGAGGCAAUAGGAUGGUACGAUAAAUGUAUGUUGCGAUACUCCAAUAACUCCAUAUUCGGAAAAGCCGAAACUUCGCUCUCCUUUUACAUGUGGAACCCUGAAAACGCCUCCAAUGUGAAAGAUUUCAAUCAGGUUCUGGGAAACCUGAUGGCCAGCCUCCGAAGCAAAGCUGCGUCCGGAGAUUCGCGUCACAAGUUCGCAACUGGAGAAGCAAAUGUUACGAGUUUCGUAACCAUAUAUGGGCUUAUGCAGUGCACUCCUGAUUUGUCCGAGUCGUCUUGCCGUGAUUGCUUAGAGGGGGCUACCAAUGAAAUUCCAAAUUGUUGUGAUAGCAAAAAAGGAGGGAGAGUUAUUAAACCCAGCUGUAAUUUGAGAUUUGAAACAUACCGUUUCUACGAGUUUACUGCAGCUAACGCGCCCCCACCAGCAGCAACACCCCCACCUUCUCCUCCCUCAGCUGAUCUUGCUCCACCGCCUUUGGCUAAUACCACCUCUACACAAGGAAAGAAAAGCAACACCUCCCGGACAGUGGUCCUAAUUGUUGUUCCCUCAGCUGUUAUUUCUGUAAUGCUCAUCACCUUCAUCUGCUGCUUUUUAAAAAGGAGGCGAUCAAGGGAAAGCGUUAGAACUGAGGAUGAAAUUUUGAGCGUGGAAUCCUUGCAAUUCAACCUUGGUCCUAUUAGGAAUGCAACAAAUAACUUUUCUGAUUCUAAUAAGCUUGGACAAGGAGGAUUUGGAGCUGUUUACAAGGGUACACUUUCCAAUGGACAAGAUAUAGCUGUGAAAAGAUUGUCCAAGGGUUCUGGACAAGGAGAAUUAGAAUUCAAGAAUGAGGUUUUAUUAGUGGCCAAACUUCAACAUAGGAAUUUGGUUAGACUCCGAGGUUUCUGCUUAGAAGGAAUAGAAAGACUUCUCAUCUAUGAGUUUGUGCCUAAUGCAAGUCUAGAUCAUUUUCUAUUCGAUCCUAUUAAGCGUUCACAAUUACAUUGGGAAAUUCGUUACAAAAUUAUAGUUGGCAUUGCUCGAGGGCUUUUGUAUCUCCAUGAAGAUUCCCGACUUCGAAUUAUUCAUCGUGAUCUUAAAGCCAGUAACGUUUUGCUAGAUGAAGAAAUGAAUCCUAAAAUUGCAGAUUUUGGUAUGGCAAAGUUAUUUUCAUUGGAUCAAACUCAAGGUGAUACGAGUAGGAUUGUGGGAACCUAUGGAUAUAUGGCUCCAGAAUAUGCAAUGCAUGGAAAUUUCUCAGUUAAGUCAGACGUCUUUAGUUUUGGUGUGUUGGUUUUGGAAAUUAUUAGUGGUCAAAAGAACUAUUGUUUCCGCAAUGGGGAGAACGUGGAAGACCUUAUAAGCUUUGCAUGGAGAAGUUGGAGGGAUGGGUCAGCUUCGAAUUUGAUAGAUCCUUCGGUGAGCUCGGGCUCAAGAAAUGAAAUUAUGAGAUGCAUGCAUAUUGGGUUGUUAUGUGUUCAAGAAAAUGUAGCUGACAGACCCACAAUGGCUUCAGUUGUUCUCAUGCUUAGUAGCUACUCUAUCACUCUCCCAUUACCUUCACAACCUGCUUUUUUUAUGCACAGUAGCAUGGACACAGAGGCACCCUUGCUGCAGGACUCUGAUUCUGGGGCAACUAGGUCUUCUGAUAAUGCUUUGUCCGUCAAUGAUGCUUCAAUUUCUGAGCUCCACCCUCGUUAGUGUUGUGGGGAUGCAGGUUAUAUAUGUUGAAAUGUGACUCUUCUUUGUUUUCUUUGUUCCAGAUCAAUUUCUAUGACUCCAUUUAUUUUGCAUAUCAAAUCGAUCUUGAUUUUUGCUUUCUUGAA